ACAAAUUCUGCAGAGUCGGGGAAGAAGAGUUGAGCUUACACGGAGAGUAGCCAUAGGAAAAAACAACAGAGAUAGGCUGAAGCCAAAUGCUAGGAACAGAAGCAAGGUGCAUGUGCAGAAGCAUGGCGCGAGCGUGAGCGAAGCAAGCACGCGAGCUUGAUCCCGUUGAGAACCGGUAGUAAAACAGCACCGGGGCGGCUACUCUGGAUUUUGCAAGUUGGAUGAACCCUCGAGUUAGAAUCUAACCUAAAAAGGUUACAGCAUUUGGCCUGUUAGGAAACCGUAAUGACUCACCUGCUGAAAAAGUUACUCAUUUUUCUCCUGCUUUGUACACUGCUUGGAUUCUUUUUUUCUACUCAACGGCAUGCAGAAACGACAGUUCAUAAAGAAGAUUGGUUGAAAAUACAAAAUGAUCGUAAAACCAGAUUGGAUUCCAUCUGCCUGAGCAAGAAUUUAACAAAUUUAAAAAGAAAGCUGAAUGUACAGGUGUCUAGACAACUCUUUGUGGAUGAGAACUACAAAUUUAUCUAUUGUGAAGUGCCAAAAGUAGGCUGUUCUAAUUGGAAGAAAAUUGUUUUGCUACUCAUGCUCAACCUGAGCAGGGAUACCUUUGAAGUAAGCCAGAAGGAGAUUCAUAAAACAAACCUUCUAAAGCGGUUGAGUUCUUAUCCACCUAAACAACAAGAAGAACUUUUGAAUUCCUUUACAAAAGUGAUGUUUACCAGACAUCCUCUAGAAAGAUUGGUCUCUGCUUACAGAGACAAAUUAUUGGGUAAUGAACCUUACUAUAGUGGCACUGUGGCAAAUCAGAUUAAAGCCUUGUUUAGGAAGGGCAAAAACUUUACAGGUGCUGUGACUUUUCAAGAGUUUGUAAACUAUAUUGUGACAAGCAAUAAGGAGUAUUUGGAUGUACAUUGGAAACCAAUGUCCCUGUUGUGUGAUCCCUGCAAUAUUCAGUAUGACAUUCUGGGAAAGUAUGAGACGCUGGAGGAUGAUGUCAAUCAUACUCUCAACAGAAUCAGAGCUCCAGAGAUUAUCCGUUACCCAGACAGUAAGUUUUAUCCACAAAGGACAAACAAGAACCUCACUACCCAAUAUCUAAGAAAAAUGGACUGGAACCAAAUACAGAAACUCAUGGAACUGUAUCAGAUAGAUUUCUCUUUAUUUAAUUACACUUUUACUGCUGAAAUGAAAAUGUCAUUUUCAGGCUAAGUCAUACCUCUAUUUUCUGGAUACCUACCUUUGGGAGUAAGGCAAAAAUUUGCUAGGGGGAAAAGCAUUUUCUUUGGAGAUAUAUAUUUUAGAGAAAAAAACAUUUCUUCAGGUGGCUAUCUUUUUCUAAGUUGCCUCCUUAAAGAGGAGGCACUUGGUGCCUUCACUGACUUCAUUUAGAUGUCAAACAUUUUAUUCCAUUAUUCUGUAAAUUUGAUUUUAUUGAUAACUUGCCUUAUUUUAGCACAGCUAAACCAUACUUUGCUAUUUAUUUAUGCAUCACGCUAUGCUUUACCACAAAUCGAAAUGUCUGGAUCUAUCCAUUGCAUUAGGUAGCAAGCAAGCAAAUCACACUUUAAACAGCUGCGUGAACCUUGACACUGAGCAUUUGAAAUUUGUUUCCAGUUUAUGUCUUGCGUAUUGAAUAUGACUAGCAUGCAAGAACAUUUCGCUUAUAUGCUUUCAUAGCAUUCACCAGAUUCUGUCUCUGUAUGUAGUUGAUAUUUUGUUUUCACGUGUCUAUCAUGGGUAUAUGAAUUUUGUGCAUCUGAAAAAUAAAUUCACCUUGAAAUGCA